AUGAGGUGGGGCGGAGAAAUCUCCGCACGCCUUGCUUCGUUUCGAGUAGCCGUUGGUCACGAUUCUUUUGCUGAGGAUCUAGUCGGCAGUUGGUUUUAUGGAAUUUUCCUCAUCGUUUUCAUCUGCCUUUCCCCGUCGCUUCGCUGUAAUGGUGGAAGGGGAGGUGCCGCAGAUGGCGGUGAUGAUGACGAUGAUGAUGCUGUCGGCCGGGGCAUGAAAUCCGGUGCUCGUCUUCUGUAG